AUGGAGUUACUCACAAAGUUGCCUCUCCUUACCACCCCUCAAACUAGUGGACAAGUUGAGAUCUCAAACAGAGAACUCAAGAGCAUACUUCAGAAGACAACAGGAAAGACAAGGAAGGAUUGGAGUGCCAAACUAGAUGAUGCUCUAUGGGCAUAUCGCACUGCUUUCAAAACACCACUUGGUACCACCCCCUUUCAUCUUGUCUAUGGUAAAGCAUGUCAUUUACCUGUAGAGCUGGAGUACAAAGCAGCUUGGGCUAUUAAGGAGUUGAACUUCAACCUAAAGACAGCAGGAGAAAGAAGAUUGAUUCAGCUGAAUGAGCUUGAUGAGAUUAGGCAUCUGGCUUAUGAGAAUUCAAAGAUCUAUAAGGAGAGAACCAAAGCUUUCCAUGACCGCAAGAUCAUCCCAAAGAACUUUGCGCCAAACGACCAAGUUCUACUAUUCAACUCAAGGUUGAAACUCUUUCCAGGAAAGCUUCGCUCAAGAUGGUCAGGACCAUUCAGGAUUAAAGAAGUUCGCCCCUAUGGAGCAGUGGUACUUAUGGGACCCAAUGGGAGGAGACUUUACAGUCAAUGGACAAAGGUUAAAACCCUACCUAGCUUCCACCACCAUACCACAGGAGACCACACUGGCUCUUGGCGACCACCAGAUCCUUAG